AUGGCCGCAAUUUUGAAACCAGUCGCGCCAGAAUGUUUGAAAGGUAAACCAAGGACGAAAAUCACGGUUGUCGGUGUUGGGGCUGUUGGAAUGGCAACUGCAUUUUCUCUCUUAGACGUAACUGGGGAGCUGUUUCUGAUUGAUGUCGCAGAGGAUAAGAUAAAGGGAGAGGUUCUGGACCUACAACAUGGCCAACAGUUUCUGAGGCGUUGUAAAAUUAGCGGGGGCACUGACUACAAAGAUAGCGCGAAUUCCGACAUUGUGAUCAUUACGGCUGGUUGUCGUCAAAGUGUUGGAGAGUCGAGACUGAGCUUGGUCCAGAGAAACAUUGAUAUUUUCAAAAAAAUGAUUCCACAGAUAGUGAAGUACAGUCCCGAGUGCAUUCUCGUGGUUGUAUCGAAUCCAGUGGAUGUACUGACCUAUGCUGCUGCGAAACUAAGCGGAUUUCCCCGGCACCGCGUUAUUGGAACUGGAACCAUGCUUGAUUCUGCCAGAUUUCGAUACCUUCUUGGAGAUCGAUUGGGUGUCUCCGCAAAUUCCGUACAUGGGUAUAUCAUCGGUGAGCACGGAGAUUCAAGUGUACCCGUCUGGAGUACUGUUAGUGUCGCUGGAGUGAGACUUUCGUCAAUUUAUCCACUCAUCGGAACCACGGAAGAUCCAGGAAACUUUAGUGAAGUACACCAGCAGGUGGUAAACAGUGCCUACGAAAUAAUUAAACUCAAGGGAUACACAUCGUGGGCUAUUGGGCUUACCUGCAAGUCACUGUGCAAUGCUAUUCUAAACAAUUUGCAUACUGUUUACCCGCUUUCCACGAAUGCCCAAGGAAUUCAUGGGAUCAGUGAGGACGUGUGUCUCAGUCUUCCGUGUUUGGUAACAUCUGUUGGAGUUAGCCACGUGAUUCCACAACAGCUCAAUCCAGAGGAACUCGAGAAGAUUCGAGCAAGUGCAAGUACACUGUCGAGUGUAAUAAACGCAAUCAAAUGGUAG